UUGUAUUUAAGCAAGCGGCAAUCGCGCAACAUUCGCUCGAAAUAAACCAAGAAUCAGUCGCCGUCGUGUUGAAUUGAUUAAAACAGAAGCGUUUCCUUCUCGUCGGACAUGUUUGCAUCUAUGCAGCAAAGAAAGCAUCAAAUCAAAAUCAAGGAACGCCAACGCGCCUUAGUCAGCAUAUGAAAUCAGCUGAAAGUUCCCACCAGAAGUGUGAUAAAUCCAAAUCAGCCAGUCUGAAGAUAAUAAAUUCUAGAAAAAUGGCCUCAAGGCUGUGGACACUCUUUCUAUUCCUGGCCAGUGCCAACCACGUCUACAGUGCUCCGUACACAACACAUCUAAACCGUAGUUGUCCGUACCACAACAGCUGCAGUCCGGGAGUCAACCAGCAACACAUCGAGCGGCUACUGAGCUACGUGGACAACGAGAAGCAGCCUUGUGACGACUUCUACGCCUAUGCCUGCGGAAAGUGGCGAGAAAAGCACGGGAGCGAUGCCACUGCCACCACUAUGAGCGAGGCCCAGAUCAACGAAAAUUACGCGGAGCUCUUCGCUGAGCUGCGGCACAAUUCCAGCUAUUUCGAAUUUCCCAUGUUCAGGAAGCUGGCAACCCACUUUCAGGAUUGCCUUGCUCUGGACAAGCCCCACCUGUCCCGCUACCUGGAGCUGCUGGACCACAAGCUACCCGAGUCCCUGAAGACUACGCACUGGUCGGAGCUGCUGGCUGUCCUGGGCCAGUACGGCUACCACGGCCAUUUUGUGCUACUGGAGGUUAGAUGGCACAACGCCACACACCACAUGCUCUUCCUGUUGCCGCACAACCACCACCUCAGUCUGAAUCUCACCCCCGACAUCUACGAUGCGCUGAGUCGCCACGGCCUGUCCGACGGAGCUUGGCCACCUUACGAGCAGCUCCGGGAACAGUUCAGACUCUUGGAGCAAAACUUAACCAGCCUGGAGAGGUCUAAGAUACCCGACGACAGCUUUACCAAUCGCAGUCUGGAGGAGAUUCAAGCGGAAGUGCCCGGUGUGGAGUGGGGCCGGAUCUUAAGAAAGCAGCUGAACAGAACGGUGGGAGGCAAUCAAGCCUUCCAAGUGGACGACCUGGCGGCCAUCAAGCGCCUGGUGGAGUAUCUCAAUCAAGCCGACAAUCUGCUGCUCAACCGCUACAGCUUGGCGAGGUUUCUUAGCCAUCUCGUGAGCCUGCCGCACAACCCGCUGGCCGAAUGGAGUCCGGGUAGUAAGUCGCUGUCUCUUCGCUGCAUCCGCCACAUGCGCCGCUCCCUCUACCUGCCGAUGAACUACGUCUACGAGCACAGAUUCUACGCCCACCGUCGAAGAGCCGAUGAGCUCGUCAUCCACCGAGUGUUCGAGCAGCUGCAAGGCCAGCUGGAGCUGAACUUGGACAACAAUCCAUUGAACCUAAGCCAGGAGCUGGUGUCGUCGUUGAAGGCCAAAGUGCACUUCAUGCGCAUCAACGUGGGCAACUUGCCGCCCAAUGUGUCCGAACAGUUCUACUGGGAGGUCGAUCGCCGGUGGAUCGUGGGCCACGACUUCUACGAGAAUCACCUGAACAGCCUGCUCUUCUACUACUCGGUCGUCUCUGAUCUGGAGGGCACCAAGAACCAGACGGAGCGCGCCAUCUGGUACAGUUUCAAUAUGCACCAGCCCGAGUUUCCCGACAACAUAGACGCCACGCCGUACUUCUACUGCCUGGGCGACAUCAUAUUUGUGCCGUACUCCUACGUCCGGCUGCCCUUCUUCCACGCCGACUUCUGGCCGGCGCUGCUCUACGGGGACCUGGCCAACACCCUUGGCCACGAGAUGAUGCACGCCCUCGACACGGACCUGGUCGACUACGAUGCGUGGGGUCACAUGAGUAACUUUAGCGACCAGCUCGUUCUGGUGCCGCGCUAUACGGACGCAGUGAGAUGCCUCAAUGACAGCGCCGUGAUGCUGAACGAGCGCGCCGCGGACGUCAGUGGAUCCCGGCUGGCGCUGCACACCUACGGAGGCGACUGGAUGGACAAUCCGGAUGACGGGCGCCUCUACUUCCUGCAGUUUGCGCACUUUUUCUGCGGCGACGAGGGCGACAUAUACCAUGACACGGGCAGCCAGCGGCUCAACUAUGCCCUCAGCCAGGUGCCGAAGUUCGCCGAGGUGUUCGGGUGCCAGAGCGGAACGGGGAUGAACUCCGCGGAGCAGUGUCCCUUCUGGUAGCGCAAGGAGACCCCUUCUCUUAGUUGGUGUAUAGCUUUAAUUAGAAACCCCCAAGUAUUGUGAAUAAAUUUCCAUGUUUAGAAACUGAGAACGCUUCCCUUCUGCUUUCGUAUGCGGCGGACAGACUCCCAGUCAGUGCCGACAAGGCAGACAAGUUAAUUUUCAAUUACGUGCCCUACGUGAGCGACCGAAAAAUCGGCGCAGAGUGCGGACCACAAGAUGCCCCUACCCGGUGGGUCCUUGUAGGACUCAAGCCCGGCCGAGACGACGUGCGAAACUGCAGGCAGCAGCAAAACCUUUCAGUCGUCCUGCAUCGACACACACAAAAAUUUGCUAGCUUCCGUGGCACGGCAAGAGUCGAGCACAGAUACAGGGAUACAGGUAUACGUGUCCCUGUUUGCCCACGAAAGAGAAACAGAAACCAAAUACAGAGCACAGCAUUCGAAUCCGAGUCAAGUUGGGCCCCGUCAACUAGGCAACUUGUUGAAGGUCGUUGCGCGUAUUACUCAUACGCCGCAUGGGUGGGAGGCGCGUGGCUGGCGCCCGGGCUUUCACCUGGCAACCGCAUUAAUAGACCGUUAACUACCAGCCGGGAACGCUGCACGUGAGCCGCGUGACAAGCAGGGGUCAAAUCCAAGUCGUGGGCCAUCUCUGAUGAAUGGAUGUCUGUCAGUCUGCCUUUGCCUCGCGACAGAAUCCCAGAAUUAAAGCGAUUCGCUGAUGAAGAACAAUUGUUGUAUUCGCAGGAACAUAUAGUACAUAAGGCAAUGAAUUAAACAUAGAUGGUGAUUUUUUAUAGGUCAACGCAUGAUAGUGAUCCAGCAACAAGCGGUCCAUUUAUCCCUUAGUAUUAGUAUAAAUAGAAAAAACCAAACCAAAAAAUAUUCAUUUAAUAAAAAGCAUUAUAACUUUGAACCUUGA